CAAUCAAAUUCCAUAAACCUAUUUUACUUCCGUGUUUAUAAGGUAGACAGUAGAAGGUAGUCUGGGUCGUAUUGUGCUAAUUUCAAAGAAUGAAUAUUUUUAAGCGGAUGAACCCACUAGUAUGUACAAGUAGAGCUGUAGUAGAACAGAGUCUUGUUUUUACAAGGCUCUGCGCGGUCGCUAAAGUUGCUUGUCAUAACCGUUUCAGUCCUCGCCGUUUGACUUCACAUUUAACCCGAUGCUCGCAUGUGCGCCACGAAUCUGCUUUUGACUUUUACGCGAAAAGAUAUUUGUCGGAAAUGGACAUUGGACGCAGUCACUUGGUGACGACGAAUGGCGUUAUUCAGGAUGAAUCACAGGAGAUGGAGGGCGACUCUAAUGACAAGCGUCACCCGAGACAAAGACCCGCUGAGACGUUCAACCUGGACGUGCUGGUGGCACUGCUGCGUCAGGAAAACGCCGCCGACAUCUGCGUGAUUAAAGUACCUGAGCACGUCAAAUACACAGAGUACUUCAUCGUCGUCAGCGGCGUAUCGCCGAGACACCUGUGGGCAAUGGCACUUUAUGUCAUCAAAAUAUACAAAUUCCUGAGGAAAGAACACGAUGCUCAUGUUAAGAUUGAAGGAAAGGCUGCAGAUGACUGGAUGUGUAUUGACUUUGGCAGUAUAGUUGUUCACUUCAUGCUUCCAGAGGCGAGAGAAGUGUAUGAAUUGGAGAAACUGUGGACUCUGCGCUCCUAUGACGAGCAACUAAGCAGAAUCCCUGAUGAAAAGCUGCCAGAAGACUUCAUGUAUGACUUGGAAGACACUAAAUGAUCAAACACUUAUUCAAACAGAUGCUUUAUUGUGGUCAGGAUUUCACUGAUCGUGGCAACAGAGUUUCUGCGUAAGUCGCACAUUCGAUCAUGUUUCUGUAUAAUAUUGUCAUUUGCAAGCCUGCCUGAUGCGUUUGCUGAGAAAUUGCUUGUCAAAUGGUUUUGACAGUUUAAAAUAAAUUCAUAGUUUUUCUAAA